UCAAAGCAAAGGUUUUCUACCAUGAUGCGUGUUUUACAGGCGAGCUGAUAGUUACACAGAAUUUAUACUGUAAAAUAGUUUCAUUUUAUAUCCAUGAUAAUUGCUUAUUAUUCAAAAAGGUUGUUUUAUAUGCAGCUGUAAGAUGUUCUAAACAGCGUAAUGACUUUAAUGUUAUAUGCAAACCUCAAAAUGUUUAUUUUCUAGCGAAAUGGUUUAAUUCUCUACAAGGCAACUGAGUUUUUCCCGGCUUUUAUGGUUAUUUAUGAGGAUGGGAAGGAUUAUAUGAUAAAAGCAUCCUCGCAGAAAUGGGAAAAUGGGAGUUGACAAUGGAGCCUGUUCAGGAAUGGGGUGAGGAGCAUGAAGACGGGGCGGUGUUUGGGAUCACCCUGCGCAGAGAGCCGGUCCAGCAGUCGGACGGUCCCACAGAGGCUUUCGUUCAGUACCGAACAUGUAAAGUACGCAGGUUAAAAGCGGCAACACUGGACAAACUGGUCUCUCACCUUCUGGACCCCUGCUGUCAGGAGCAAGACUACGGCAGGAUACUGCUGUCCACGUAUCGCACCUUCACCAGCUCCAACAAACUCAUCGAGAUGCUCCUCCAGAGGGACAACCUUGCCUCUGAGCUUGACAGCACCAAUUACCCUAACAGCUCUUUGUGGACUGUGCUCCAGAUGUGGUUGGAGGAGUACAGUGAUGAUUUUAGGGAUGCGCCCAUGCACUCGUCCCUGCGUCUCAUGUGCUUACAGCUGAGAGGACACCCUGCUCUCUUCCCCCUGGCCAAGCACUAUGAAGUGCUCCUCAAGAACUUCCAGGCUGAAGAUGUUGUGGCAGGUGGUCCAGUUGAGCAAAUAGAAGAAUCAGCCUUGAAUAAAGGAGUGAGAGACUAUGAGUCAGAUAACCUGGUGGAUUUCAUGGGUCUCUCCGUUACGGAUGUCGCUGAACAGCUCACGCGGAUGGACGCUGAACUGUUUAUGAAGGUGGUCCCUUUCCAGUGUCUGGGCUGUGUGUGGUCUCAACGGGACAAGAAGGAGAACCUCUCGCCCACUAUUUGGGCCACCAUCGCCCAGUUCAAUGCAGUCACCAACUGGGUCAUCACUUCUCUGCUUCGUUCCUCGACGUCGGUCACACAAAGAGCCAGGGUCAUUGAGAAAUGGGUUCGGAUUGCACAGGUGUGCAGAGAGCUGAAGAACUUCUCUUCUCUUAAAGCCAUUUUGUCUGCCCUUCAGUCCAACCCCAUCUAUAGACUAAGGAAGACAUGGGCUGCUGUCAGCAGAGAGGCCAUGUCUGUCUUUAAGAGCCUGUGUGAAACGUUCCCAGAUGAGGAGAACUGUGUGCUGACCAGCCGAGAAAUCUUUGAGGAUGAUGGGAGUCAAACUGAGAUGGAUAACACUACCACAAAAACAUCCAAGAGAUGCCCUCUAGCGAAACAGAUGAGCUCAGCUGGAGGGACGGUUCCUUAUCUGGGGACAUACCUUACAGUACUGACCAUGCUGGACACUGCCCUGCCGGACACUGUGGAGGGUGGCCUCAUUAAUUUUGAAAAGAGGAGACGGGAAUAUGAGAUUUUAAAGCAGAUCCGUCAGCUGCAGGCCUUGUGUUCCCAGUAUGUUUUACCCCAUCAUCCUCAGAUCGCUGCCUGGCUACAGAGUCAGAAACUGCUGUCGGAUCAGGAGAGUUAUGAAUCUUCCAGACAGCUGGAGACGUCUCAUGACACUUCUCCAUCCAACAGCGGUUGGAGUCACCGAACUCUGGCCAAAAAGCUCUCAUCGCUCAUUUCAGGGAACGAGGGGUCCAGAAAGAGCGCAGAUCAGAUCAGUGUGUCGUCUCUGUCCAGCUGUGGUCCGAACACGGAGGCGUUUCCCUCGUCUUCCUCUCCUGAUUCCUCCACCAUGUCCAGUUCAUCCUCCAGCUCUCAGCAGGACCUCAACCUGAAUCCAUCUUCCUCCUCCUCCUCCUCCUCUCCAGCGUCAGCUGACCCUCACCUGGUCUCGGCCCACAAGCGCUCCGUCUCCAUGACCUCCCUGCCCUUCUACAACAGACAGGUGGACGACUCGUGCAUCAUCAGGGUCAGCGUGGAGUUCUGCAACAAUGGAAACAUGUACAAGAGCAUCCUGUUGACCAGUCAGGAUAAGACGGCCCAGGUGAUCCAGAGAGCUCUGCAAAAACACAACCUGGAGGAUGUUAGUGAGCAGGACUUCACCCUUGUACAAGUUCUGGCCCAAGACAGAGAGUUGCAUAUUCCAAAAAAGGCCAACGUAUAUUAUGCCAUGUCUACAUCAGCCAACUAUGACUUUGUUCUACGUCGAUGCCCAAAAGGCCAGCGGAAGCAACUCAUGCGCUCUGUUUCACUGUCAUCAGGACGAGCCACAAAAUAACAGCAGAUUCAGCUUUAAUUCUGCGGGACUCAUAUUUACUGCAACAGUUAUUAAAAACUGUCAAGACAUGUCAUUCAGACACAAAUGGAGAUGUAUGAGAUUGAAAACAUGUCAUUUCUAGAAACAAAA